UUACUUUUUGUAUUUCCUGCUCACUGUUUUCAUUCGGAAAGAUGGCAAAAGAGAAGGCGAUUGCUGCUUGUGCAGUGGUUUUAUUACACAUAGCAACGUCGUUAGCCUAUGUUGAGGACCUCGAUGACAAGUUUAAGGACAGCAGGAAGGAUGAGGUGUGGCUGGUGAAAUUCUACGCGCCGUGGUGCGGAUACUGUAAGAAGAUGGAGCCAGUGUGGCGAGACAUUGGGGCAGAGCUAAAGAGCUCAGGGUCACCUGUCAAUGUGGGCAGGAUGGACGCCACAGCAUACUCAAGUGUUGCUUCAGAGUUUGGAGUGCGAGGCUACCCCACCAUAAAACUGUUAAAAGGGGAUCUGGCCUACAACUACAGAGGGCCGAGGACUAAGGAUGACAUCAUCGAGUUUGCCAACAGGGUCUCUGGGCCAGUCGUCCGCUCCCUUCCCAGUAAGCAGAUGUUCGAGCACGUUCUGAGCCGACACAACGUGGUCUUCGUCUACAUCGGCGGCGAGUCGCCACUCAAGGAGAAGUACAUCGAAGUGGCCUCCGAGCUGAUAGUGUACACCUACUUCUUCUCCGCCCCCGAGGACAUCUUGCCCAAGGCAGUGACUCUUCAAGAGCUCCCUUCCGUGGCGGUGUUCAAGGAUGGAACCUAUUUCCUCUACGAUGAGUACCGGGAUGGAGAGCUGUCCGCCUGGGUCAACAGGGAGCGCUUCCUGGGGUACCUCCAGAUUGAUGGAUUCACUCUCUAUGAACUGGGAGAUACAGGCAAAUUGGUGGCCAUAGCAGUCAUCGAUGAGAAGAAUCCAACGGAAGAGAGCACCAGAUACAAAUCUCUGAUUAAGAGGCUGGCGACUGAAUACCGAGAUCUCUUCAGCAGAGACUUCCAAUUUGGACACAUGGAUGGGAACAACUACAUCAACGGGCUCAUUAUGGGCGAGGUAGCCGUGCCCUCCGUCAUUGUGCUGAACACAUCCAACGAGCAGUACUUCCUGCCCCCAGAGCCGCUGGAGACCAUGGAGCAGUUGCUCCACUUCAUCAACGGCGUGCUCGACGGGAGCGCCCAGGCGCAAGGCGGGAACGGAAUCUUCCAGCGCGUCAAGAGGGUAGCGUACGAUGCCAGGUCCACUGUGAUGUCUGUCUUCCGCAGCUCACCCCUGCUGGGCUGCUUCCUGUUCGGCCUGCCCCUCGGCAUCAUCAGCCUCAUGUGCUAUGGCAUGUGCACGGCGGAGCCGGACGACUCCGCCACCGCCGAGGACGCCGAGCAGCUGAAGGCGGCGGCCGCGCUCGCCCAGGAGCGGGCCGGCGAGGAGGGCGAGGAGGGGCGGAAAGCGGGCGCCGAGCCAGAGGGGUCCGGGGAGGAAGAGGAGGAGGAGGAGGAGGAAGAGGACGAAGAAGAGGGGGAGGAGGAGGAGCAGCAAGAGGAGAAGAGCUCGGUGGACAAGAAGGUGGAUUAACACUGAGACUGACUCCCAGCGAAUCAGAGUACUUGAAGAUAUAUCAGCCUCCUUUUUUUUAAAAUAAAUUAUUUCCUUAUCAAACACCACCUCCCAGCCCCCUUUACUGUGCCCCAUCCUCUCAAACCCUGUCCCCCUCCUGCGAUUGUUGUCUUUUAUUUUCUAAACUUUUCUGAAGUAUUUGUGAAAAUCAUAUCAGCAUCAGGGCUAAUAAUGACCAAGGAAGGGGACCCCUGCUUGCAAGAAUGGCCAACAGUGUACAUGAAUGCUGAGGAAUGGGGCACAAUAACGCUAAACAAGAAAGCAUGGUGAAAUUCUUGGCCAGGGGGUGGGGGCAGGGAAGGAGUGGGACCAGUUCAGCCCUGUCAUUUUCUGCAGAGUGGAAUCUCCUUUUCAGAGUCUCCCAUUUUUAGUCAUUGGGGGGCAAAAGCAGGCUUGGGUCGUGCCAUUCAUGCAGAGGCCAGAGGGGUGUCCAGGUCUCAUUCCAAGUUGGAGGUCAUUACCUCACUGCAGGUCAAAUUGCCCCUUGUCUCCAGGGUUUUUGUACUCGCUUUGUCAGAUUGUUUCUGUGAAACGUGCUGGACCCUCUGCCAUUGGAAGACUGAUAUUGGCUAGUCCUGGUUUUCACACACCCAAGGGACUGUAUUGCGGUGUGAAGCUGAAUCAGGUCCACUGUUUUAACUGUUGCUGCUCAGACCCUGGUUUUUUUUUUACACUAAGUCUAGUUACUAGCCUACACAGGACUAGUACUCCCAUGGUCAGAACAAAGGUUGGGCAACAACCGGCAAGUUUUCAUUCACUGUGUUGGUAUAUUUUCUUUUUAUUUUAUGAAACAAAGUAGGUUAGCGCAAGCAAUCUACAUUAUUUAUGCUGAAAAAAUGAAGUUAAGAACUCAGUUACAGCCAGAGACUGUCUUUCACUGUGAGGGGUUUGUGCUUUGAAUUUGCUUCAGCUUUUCUCGUGAAUUUGUUACAGAACGACUAUGUUGUCUAGAAAAGCUAGAUGUGAUUCUCUGUCCUGAUUUAGGUCCAUACAGGUUGCGGCGUCCAGCCCAUCUCUGAAGGUAACGAUUGGUAAAAAACUAAUACGCUGAGGUAAAAAUACAUCAAGUAGGGCUGGAAGACCUCUCAUUUUAUGCGCAGAACAUACAGAGAUAUGUGCACAUUUAUUUUGGACUUUUAGUUGGUUUGAAGUAAUGCUUUCUUAGAAUGAAACUGUGUUGCAAUAAAUGAAGUGUUGCCUCAGAAGUUUGUU